UGUCUGCUGUGCAGCUCUUUUGGAUUUCUGCCCUAAUCUGAUCUGCCAUCUGGGUUUUGAUAUGCACAGAGAGGCAGUCUGUUUUGGUGAGAUCUGCACCCCGUGUGCUCUCCCACUGACUCUGUGGGAGGACAGAGAGCCUACAGCCCGAUCUGCUCCUUCAGAUUCAGAGCCCAGUACCUUGGACUCCCAGUCUUCGACCACCUUGUUCCUCUCCUCGGAGGAGCCAGGCCCCUCCACCGCCGCCCUGCCAUCUCCCUCCUCCUCUUCCUGCGAGCCCCAGGCCUUUUCCCCAGGUCCGCCAGUGCUGCCUCCGCUGUUGCCUCCGCUCCCCGCAGCCUCGGCGCCCCCAGGCCCCGGCGCCUCCCGGCGCGCAGGCCGCUACUCAGUCGUCGCCUCCUCCCCGGAGGCCGCCCCGCGUCUGGUCGACUGGCUCCCCGGUUGCCCUUCGACCACCUCUCCCAGCACACGCGGGGAUGACAAGGAGCGGCCGCCGCCCGUCCUGGCACCGGCCGAGGGCCCGGAAAGGAGCCGCGCCCCGCGCCCCAGCACUGCGGGCAGGGAGGAGGGCACCGUGGACGCGGGUAUAUCCCCGUCGCCCCGAGCCCGGCCCGCCGCUGCGGCGAGCUUGGAGGCCCACGUCGGGGACAUCCUGGUGGAGCUGCGGACCAUGAACGGCCACCUGGACAGCAUAGCGCGGGCCCUCACCAAACUGGCUUCGUCCCUGGGGCCCCAGCCUGAGCCCCUGCCAGAUGUUCCGGAUGCCAACUAAUGGAGCUCGGCGAGGCUGGGCCGCCCCGGGGCCAAGGGAUCGCUUGCACCAGGCAUCCCUGCCUGUCCCUCCCCAGCAGCGAAGCGCGCCCGGCGGAGGAGCGGUUGCUCUGCGCAGCUGCCUAGCGGAAAGCACGGCCCUAGCGUUUCAGCGUUAAACAGACCCGGUUGCGCCUCACACCCUCCUCCUCCGCUCUCUCACGGCGGCCCCUGGCCCGGCUUCCUGGCCCUUCACAUGCCCUUCUCUUGUCUUGAGCUCCUAGCAGAAAAAGUGCCUGGAGACGGCGGUGGCACCCUGCGAAGGAUGCUUAGAGAAACACUCUUUCACAUCCCAUUCCUGCGACUUCUGCGUGGCGUGGAGGGAGAGGAGCUCAAAGCAAGUCGCCAAAGCAGCAGCGAGGCCAGCUCCAGCGUUGGUGGAGCAUCCAUCUCUGGUGACGUUCACAAGUUUGUUUGUUUUUAAAAUCGUUUUUAGAAAAAUAUUUUUUUUCCUCAUAACCACAUUUCAAGAAGUUUGGAAAAUAGAGAAAUGAAACAAAAUCUGGUGUAUUUGUGGAAAAGGGGGGGUAUUUAAGUCUUUCUUAUGAGUAAGAAAGUAUUUUGUGUAAUAAAAAAAAAUUUAUAUCCACUUUCUGGGCGUUGGGCUCUCCCUACCACAUUUCUUCCUUUGCACGGCCCCUUUCUCUCUGUGCUUAGUUGCUUGUCCCAGCCCUCCUAUAGUCCUUGAGUUGUUGAACUUUUGUCAUACUUGUGAAGUAUAAGCUUCUUUUUAAAUUUAAUAUACUUUAUUUUUUGUUAAGAGACAGUCUUACUCUGUCACCCAGGCUGGAGUGCAGAGGCGCGAUCUCGGGUCACUGCAGCCUCUACCUCCCAGGCUCAAGUGAUCCUCCCAACACAGGCUCCUGAGUAGCUGGGACUACAGGCAUGAGCCACUGCACCUGACAAGAAUAAGCUUUUAAUGGUUCUUCUGAUUCUUUCCAUAACUCCCAGAUCUUCAUAAAUUUGAUAGACCCACUCCUCUCAUUUGGACUGAGUGGAAACCAAGUUCCAGAGGGACUGGGCAAUAAAUAUGGAGGAAACAGCAUCCCCAGCCUCUACUCACUGCCAGAAUGACCAGCUUCCCCAGUUGAAACAACCAAAAAAUGUUUCCAGACAUCGCCACUGUCCCCUGGUUGAGAUCCACUAACCUAUGUAGAAUUUCAAAAAUUUGGGAUGAUCCACACUCUCCAGAAUCUGGCUUCCCAUAGUGAGGCAGGGCUCUUCUCCUCUUCCUAUUAGAAUUUUAAUAAAGUGUGCUUCUUUGCUAGAAGCAAACAUGCUAUGCUGCUCUUUCUUCAGAAACAAAUGAAAAUAUUCAUGCACGGUGGCUCACGCCUGUAAUCCCAGCACUUUGGGAGGCUGAAGCGGGUGGAUCACUUGAGGUCAGGAGUUCCAGGCCAGCCUGACCAACAUGGUGAAACUCUGUCUCUACUAAAAAUACAAAAUUAGCUGGGCAUGGUGGCACAUGCCUGUAAUCCCAACUACUCAGGAGGCUGGAGCAGGAAACUGGCUUGAACCCAGGAGUCAGAGGUCGCAGUGAGCCGAGAUUGUGCCAUUGUACUCCAGCCUGGGCAACAAGAGCAAAACUCUGUCUCAAAAAAAAAAAAAAAAAAAAAAAAAAGAAA